AUGUUGGGCGCCGGCGCUGCGGGGCUCGCGUGGGGCCGGCGGGCCGUGACGCAGGCGUGGCUGCGGGGCGCGCGCGGCCGCCCCCUGGCCCUGGCGCGCGCGGCCGGCACGCUCCGAACGGGGGACCGGCCGCCCUCCGCCGGGCGGGGGCCGCGCUGGCGUCGCCUCAGCCUGUCGGCCGCGGCGGUCGUGGACUCGGCGCCCCGCCCUCUGCAGCCCUACCUGCGCCUCAUGCGGUUGGACAAGCCCAUUGGAACCUGGCUUCUGUAUCUGCCAUGUACCUGGAGCAUUGGUUUGGCAGCUGAACCAGGUUGUUUUCCAGAUUGGUACGUGUUAUCCCUCUUUGGCACUGGAGCUGUUCUGAUGCGUGGAGCAGGCUGUACUAUUAAUGACAUGUGGGACCAGGACUAUGAUAAAAAGGUUAUAAGAACAGCAAACCGUCCAAUAGCUGCUGGAGACAUUUCAACUUUUCAGUCCUUCAUUUUUCUCGGGGGACAGCUGACCCUGGCACUAGGUGUUCUUCUGUGUCUGAAUUACUACAGUAUAGUUCUUGGAGCAGCAUCCCUACUUCUUGUCAUCACCUAUCCACUAAUGAAAAGAAUUACGUACUGGCCUCAGUUAGCCUUGGGAUUCACUUUUAAUUGGGGAGCAUUACUUGGAUGGUCUGCUAUCAAGGGCUCCUGUGAUCCAUAUGUUUGCCUGCCUCUUUAUUUUUCUGGAAUUAUGUGGACUCUAAUAUAUGAUACUAUCUAUGCCCAUCAGGACAAGAAAGAUGAUGCUCUGGUUGGUGUUAAGUCCACUGCACUGAGGUUUCGUGAAAACACCAAGCAGUGGCUUAGUGGCUUCAGUGUAGCAAUGCUGAGUGCGCUGAGUCUGGUGGGAGUGAACACUGGUCAGACCUUGCCCUACUACACUGCUCUGGCUGCUGUGGGAGCCCAUCUGACUCACCAGAUUUUCACUCUAGACAUCCACAGACCUGAGGACUGUUGGGAUAAAUUUGCCUCCAACCGAACGAUAGGACUAAUAGUUUUUCUAGGGAUUGUCCUUGGGAACUUGUGGAAAGAAAAGAAGACGAAUGAAACAAAGAAAAAUAUAGAUAGUAGAAUAGAAAAUUAGCAAAUGAAGUUUAGGAGUUUUUGAAUUAAACUUUUACAAAACACUCUCAGGUCUUGCUACUACAUACUUAGAUUUGAAUAAGUCUUACACUAUAGGUUAAAAAAUUAAGAAUCAGAAGAUGAAAACUUUGAACGUAUUUGUCUGGAAACUAUUUACCAGCAAAUUCUUCCUCUGUCACAGAAACCUGGGACUCUUUAGGAUUUGAGAUGACCUUGAGUAUUUCAAGUUAAUGCAUUCUUCUAUUCAUUAUAAUUCUUAUCUGUAGUUAUGGUAAUUGUAUGAGUUUGGGCAUUAUGAAAGAAACCUGACAUGUAUCUCAUCUAAAUGAAAGUCUAUAGGAAAAAUAGACUCUCUCUUUAGGGAAAAAUUAAAGCUGCCAUAGAAAGUUGGGGCUUAUUUUUUAUUUAUUGUGACCUUUACUCACUCCAAAAGCUGUAAUUCAGAAAAAGAUUCUGUUUUUUAUAUUUUAGGAGAAUUUAAGUAAAUAAUUUUUUUCCUACUAUAUCCAUGCAUACUGCUAUUGUUAGCAACCCUCGUGUUUAUUCGGGAGAUCAGGUCUCUGGGUGUAGCCAUAGUGACCAGAAUAAGCAGACAGGCAAUCACCAGGAACAAGUUUAAUUUCUAUUUAUUCCGUUCUUUAUCUGAUUGUAAUUUAUAGGAUAGUGGCAUGUUGGUUAAGUGUACUGUUCCUUUGCCCCCUUCAGAAUGUUCUCAACACAGCCACCACGGUGAUGUUCUUACAACCCAUGUCUUUCCUCUGCUCAGAACCCUCCAGGGUCUUCACAGGACACUCAGUACAAACUAAAAGUCCUACUACUUUCUAGAACUCCAUGAUCUGGCCUUGUCUGUGACCACUCUUCUCAUACUACUUUCAGCCCUUCUGGCCUCCUCACUGCCCCUCAGCAGGCUGAGCAGACUCCUACCCCAGGGCCUUUCUUUGCAUUUACAGUUUCUUUGCCUGCAGUGCUCUGCUUGAAUCAUGUCCUAGUCCUUCCCUGCAAUUCUUUUCCUAAAUAUUACCUUCUCAAAGAGGCUUUUCCUAGGCACAGUUUGUUAAAUUUUAUAUAUGCAUAUGAUCUACACCUCCUAUCCCCUUGCUCUUUACUGCUUUUUAUCACUAUCAACAUAAAAUGUGUUUACUUAUUUAAGUGACUGUCAUGGACAGUGGGGUGUGUGGGGAGGCAGUCAUUUGUGUAUGUUAGUUGUGGGCAGCAACAAAGGCUGGUCUGCAUGAUGAUGAUGUAGCUAACACAGAGCCCUCACCAGGCACUGAUAGAUGGGCAGAGGAGGAUGCAGUUAGCUUUUUAUUCAGCAAAUACUGAGAGUGAGUGGCUAGCCUUCGGACAGCUGGAGCAGCUGUAAUUGUGCUCUGCUAUAGCUGCAAUGAGUUGAAGAGAAGAAAUAGAAACAUACCGUAUAAGGAAAUGGGGUUGGUUUCUGUUUUAUCUAAUUCUGACAUUGCAGCAGGACAAAUAACAUUUAAAUCUAUAUUGCUUUCUGCUGUCUUACAAAUACCCUAUUUUUUUCUUUAGAAAAGAUUUAUUUGGAAAA